CAAGAAGGGAGGAGCGGGAAGGUGAGGAGAGGGAAGGUAAAGCAGAGAUGAGGGAGCGACGGCAAAGGUUGGAAGGUCAUCACAGAAAUACAACACAUGAUACCUUGCGGUCAAAAGAAGACUGUGCAUCAUCGAAAUUCCUACUGCUGUUUCUCUUACUUGCUGCUGUGACUGCGCUAUCCAAGCCUGAGAGUUUAACCUCCAAGGCUCCAACUCCCCUUCAUGUGUGGUACUAUGGUUGGCUUGCGGCAAUCUGCACAGGGGUGGGAGCGCUUCCUCUUCUGGUCUUCAGCAAGCCCUCAGGUUUCACCCUAGGUCUCUCCAAUGCGGUUGCCGCAGGCAUGAUGCUGUCCGCGAGCUACAGUCUUGCCUAUGAGGGUCUAGAACUAGACGAUGAUGGACUUAUCUUGCUCGACGUCAAGAUUUCACACGCAUUUCGAGUCAGUGCAGGCGUGAUGCUUGGAAUCGCUUUUGUUCUUGUCACGAAGCAGAUGGUAGAGACUUGGGAUCAGUUUCACUUCGGCGACAUCACCGGCUUGCAAGCUUCAAAGAUUAUUCUGAUCGUAGCGGUCAUGACCCUGCAUUCCUUCGCCGAGGGGCUCGGUAUUGGAGUAGCCUUCUGCGGGAAAGGAGGAGCACAUCUUGGAGCGUUCAUCUCAAUGAGUCUGGCAGUGCACAACGUCCCUGAGGGCCUGGCGGUUGCGCUCGUGCUGGCUCCUCGAGGAGUCCCGAGGUUUCAAACCUUAGUCCUCGCCAUCCUCUCCAGCCUCCCACAGCCCGUGAUAGCGGUCCCUGUGUUUCUGUUCGUCGAGAACUUCAUCGCAUGGGAGCCUGUUGGUCUCGGUUUCGCCGCCGGAGCCAUGCUGUGGGUGGCAGUCUUCGAGCUCAUUCUAGAUGCCUUGAAAGAGAUUCCAAUCGAAACGUGCUCUGUGUCGAUAUCUUGCUCGUUCGUCGCUAUGAUGGCAAUCUCCAGCUGGAUAAACGUAUCCACCUGAGCCGCCUUUAAUCCCCUUGAGAUUUCGUUUCCUGCUCAAAGCUUGAUCCUCCGCCCUUCUCGCCGUCAUGAGCUCUGCUCGAGAUUAUUCAGAUCUCCCAGUAGCUCGUCCUCGCUAAGUGCUUCAUCGUCUUCGCAUGACUGGGCAUCCGAUGUGGCAGACACUUCUGUGAGGCAGGAGGAGGCAGCUUCUUUCCAGGACAUGCUCCUCAGCCCAGCCUCCGCCAUGGCGCGGAAGGCACUGAAGCGUUCGGGCUCGGGUCGAGAGAACUUGAUCAGCUCUCCGGUCUCAGGAUGUUUGACCUCGAGGCCGAUGGCGGCCAAGCAGAGCCCGUGGCCUGUGUAGGACCUCCCGUACUUCUUGUCGCCAACGAUGCUCACUCUCAGCCCAUCCGCGCAAUGAAUGCGAAUUUGAUGGG